GGCUCGGGCACAGUUGCUGGAGUGGCCGGCGGCCGCGGGGUGCAGGCCUGGUGGGAGCCCCCGCGGGCCGGGCCGUGAUGAGCCAUGGCAUCGGUCAAGGUGGCCGUGAGAGUCCGGCCCAUGAAUCGCAGAGAAAAGGACCUGGAAGCCAAGUUUAUCAUUCAAAUGGAGAAAAGCAAAACGACAAUCACAAACUUAAAGAUACCAGAAGGCGGAACUGGUGACUCAGGCAGAGAACGGACCAAGACCUUCACUUAUGACUUCUCUUUUUAUUCUGCUGACAUUAAGAGUCCAGAUUAUGUUUCACAAGAAAUGGUUUUCAAAACUCUGGGCACAGAUGUCGUGAAAUCUGCCUUUGAAGGUUAUAAUGCUUGUGUCUUUGCAUAUGGGCAAACUGGAUCCGGAAAGUCCUACACUAUGAUGGGAAAUUCCGGCGAUUCUGGUUUAAUACCUCGGAUCUGUGAAGCGCUCUUCAGUCGGAUCAGUGAAACCACCAGAUGGGAUGAAGCCUCUUUCAGGACAGAAGUCAGCUACUUAGAAAUUUACAACGAACGCGUGAGAGACCUACUUAGGCGGAAGUCAUCUAAAACCUUCAAUUUAAGAGUCCGUGAGCAUCCCAAAGAAGGGCCUUACGUUGAGGAUUUAUCCCAGCAUUUAGUCCAGAACUACAGUGAUGUGGAAGAACUUAUGGACGCAGGGAAUAUCAACCGUACCACUGCAGCAACGGGGAUGAAUGACGUCAGUAGUAGGUCUCACGCCAUCUUCACCAUCAAGUUCACUCAGGCAAAAUUCGAUGCUGAAAUGCCAUGUGAAACUGUGAGCAAGAUCCACCUGGUCGAUCUUGCUGGAAGUGAGCGUGCGGAUGCCACCGGUGCCACUGGGGUCAGGCUCAAGGAAGGGGGCAAUAUAAACAAGUCCCUUGUGACUCUGGGAAAUGUCAUUUCUGCCUUAGCUGAUUUAUCUCAGGAUGCAGCCAACCCUCUUGUGAAGAAGAAGCAAGUUUUUGUGCCUUACAGGGAUUCUGUUUUGACUUGGCUCUUGAAAGACAGCCUUGGAGGAAACUCUAAAACCAUCAUGAUUGCUACCAUUUCACCUGCUGAUGUCAAUUAUGGAGAAACCCUAAGUACCCUUCGCUAUGCAAAUAGAGCCAAAAACAUCAUCAACAAGCCUACCAUUAAUGAGGAUGCCAACGUCAAGCUCAUCCGUGAGCUGCGAGCCGAAAUAGCCAGGCUGAAAACCCUGCUCGCUCAAGGGAAUCAGAUCGCCCUCUUGGACUCCCCUACAGCCUUAAGUAUGGAGGAAAAACUUCACCAGAAUGAAGCAAGAGUUCAAGAAUUAACCAAGGAAUGGACAAACAAAUGGAAUGAAACCCAAAAUAUUUUGAAAGAGCAGACUCUAGCCCUCAGGAAAGAGGGGAUUGGUGUGGUUCUGGACUCCGAGCUGCCUCACUUGAUUGGCAUUGAUGAUGACCUUCUGAGUACUGGGAUCAUCUUGUAUCACUUGAAGGAAGGGCAGACUUACGUUGGCCGAGAAGAUGCUUCAACAGAGCAAGAUAUUGUCCUUCAUGGUCUUGACUUGGAGAGUGAGCACUGUGUCUUUGAGAAUGUCGGGGGAACGGUGACUCUGAUACCCCUGAGCGGGUCCCAGUGCUCCGUGAAUGGUGUUCAGAUUGUGGAUGCCACACAGCUAAAUCAAGGUGCUGUGAUACUCUUGGGAAGAACCAACAUGUUUCGCUUUAACCAUCCAAAGGAAGCUGCCAAGCUCAGGGAGAAGAGAAAGAGUGGCCUUCUGUCCUCCUUCAGCUUGUCUAUGACCGACCUCUCCAAGUCCUGUGAGAACCUGUCUGCAGUCAUGUUGUAUAACCCUGGACUUGAAUUUGAGAGACAGCAGCGUGAAGAACUUGAAAAACUUGAAAGUAAAAGGAAACUCAUUGAAGAGAUGGAGGAAAAGCAGAAAUCGGACAAGGCAGAGUUAGAGCGAAUGCAGCAGGAGGUGGAAACCAGGCGCAAGGAAACAGAGCUUGUUCAGCGGCAGAUCCGCAAACAGGAGGAAAGCCUCAAACGCCGCAGCUUCCACAUUGAAAACAAACUCAAGGACCUGCUGGCCGAGAAGGAAAGGUUUGAGGAAGAGAGGCUCAGGGAGCAACAGGGACUUGAGCAUCAGAGGAGGCAAGAAGAAGAGAGCUUAUCCCGCAUCAGAGAGGAACUUCGCAGGCUCCAAGAGCUCAACAGCCAUGAGCAGUCCGAGAAGGUCCAGGUAUUCCAGGGGCUGGACCAGCUGCACAGAGAACAAGAUGCCCAGAGUGCCAAGCUGCAGCUGGAGAAAAGGAGGCUAGAGGAGCAAGAGAAGGAACAGGUGCUGCUGGUGGCACACCUGGAGGAGCAGCUGCGGGAGCGGCAGGAGACUGUUCCGCUGCUGUGUCCUGGAGAGGUCCAGGGGUCCCAGGAGGAAAAGAGGGAACUAGAAGGCAUCCAGGAAGCCCUCUUGCGGGCCAAAGAGGCUGGAGCACGAGGGAAUCACACAUGCGAGGAUGAACUGGAAAGGGCUCAGCUGUACUUCUUAGAGUUCAAGAGAAGGCAACUUGUCAAGUUAGCAAACCUGGAGAAGGACCUAGUCCAACAGAAAGACCUUCUAAGCAAAGAAGUCCAAGAAGAGCAGGAAGCCCUGGAGCGUGUAAGAUGGAAAGCCCACGAGGAAGCAAGCUCGUUGGCAACAGAUAACGGUAGCAUCCCUUACCAGCCUGAAGAUCUAGAGAAGAUAAAGACUGCACAGUCCAGGCUACAAAGCAAAGAGCGCCAGCUACACGAUCUUCUGCAAAAUCAUUUGCCAGCUCUCUUGGAAGAAAAGCAGAGAGCUCUUGAGAUCCUUGACAGGGGCGCCCUGGGCCUAGACAACACUCUCUACCAAGUAGAGAGAGAACUGGAAAAAAAAGAAGAGCCAGUCACAGAGUACCAGGCUAAGGCUAGCCAGCUGCAGCAGCUCCAGGCCACCUUCCAGUUCACAGCUAAUGUCGCCAGACAGGAAGCGAAUGUGAGAGAAAAGGAAAAGGAGAUUCUGGAGUCCCAGGAGAAUCAGCUGAGAGAAGCAUUGGAGCAGGCUGUGGCCAAGCUAGAGCAGAGACGCUCUGCCGUACAGAGGUGCUCCACCCUGGAUAUGGAGGUUCAGGAGCAGAGGCAGAAACUUAGCUCUCUCCACAGCCCCGAGCAUUCAGGGCUGCAGGCCAGUCUGGAGGCCAAACAAGAGGACCUUGAGAAGGGCCCUGCAAGGUUAGAACAUGAAAUCCACCAGCUGAAACAGAAGAUCUGUGAGGUAGAUGGUGUUCAAAGACCUCAUCAUGGGACCUCAGAGGGGAAAGCUUCUCUUUCCAGUUUGCCACCCAGUGCUGAAAACUCUCAUCUGGCUCCACUGAUGGACGCCAGGAUCAGUGCAUACAUAGAGGAAGAAGUCCAAAGACGCCUUCAUGAUUUGCACAGGGCAAUUGGUGAUGCCAGCCAUGCACCUGCUGAUGUGAUGAAGAGUAAUGAGGAACUUCACAAUGGCGCCACUCAACGUAAGCUAAAAUAUGAGAAAAAACAGCCAUGGUCUGCACGGUGUGUUAUCCCACUUCUGCCUAAAGAUGAUACUGACUCUUACAGCGUCCUUAGAGAAGAAGAGAUUCAGGUGGAUCUGAGCAGCCAUCCUACGUCCCAGAGCACCUCACAAUCCACAGCUCUCUUCAUGGCCUCCCAAGAGAGAAUGGCUCUGUCCCCAGGGCCUGAGGUACUAAAGAACACUAGUGGUAAACUUUGUUACCUUGGGAGCUCUGACCACCUUGAGCCAAAAUGUGUUCAUCUGCCUGAAAUCACUUUCCUUAAUGGAACCAACACUGGGGAUGCGCAGAAUUCUCAGAGUGAAUCAGAAAAUGGCAGUGGGCUGAUGACUCACGAAGAGAAACAAGGCUGGGGAAUCAAGUCCAGCUGGACGCUGCUGCAACACAUGUCCCAGCUAGCACCAGUAGUCAGAGGGAGCCAGCAAGCCGUGCAAAGCAGGGUGCAGUGCUUUGUUUUCUCUGAAAGCAUUUCUCAAAAGGAGCAUCCCACUGGCAGCUCUCCUCAGAGCACAUCAGCCUCCGCAUUGUGUGGUGAGCAGCAAAAUGAGAACGAGUUAGAUGCUGAAAACACUCGCUUUCUAGCUCCGCUAGUCAAUAUCAGGACAGAAGCAAAGAAAGGACUGGGAUAUUUUUACCACAAGCUCUCAGACCUGUAUAAAGACACCAGUGGUCACCUGAUACAGGCUGGGACGAAAGUAAUGAGCCAAGCCAAGCAUGUAGGGAGUAUGUGUGACUCAGGUGGACUGGCCUCCCAAGUGACAACUUUCUUCAGAGGCCUGCCACUGUUGGAGCGCUUACCCCUAAACCUGCCUGUGAGGUCACUCAUGAUGCUGUCGGAUUCGCCUCCUCUUCCCGAAACUCAGAUUGGCAGCCUUAACAGUGAAGACGAAGGGAGCGCAAGGUCCGCCAAGAGCACAGCGCCUUCCACAGACUUAACCUUCACAUCUACAGGCUCACCAAAUUCCUGGCUAAACUCAGUUUUCUGUUUUGAUUAUGAAGAUGCUGGGAAGAUGACUGCAUUUAAGCAGACUCUUGUAUCAUUCCCAGAGCACAUGCGGAGGCUUCAAGAGUUCCCUCUCACAGACCUCCUAGCACACAUGACUUGUUCUCUGCCAGAGCCUUUGGGCAGAGUAAGGGCUGUCAAAGGCAUUUACUGGCUUGCUGUUGCUAACUGCACCCAACCUGAGCCCCAAGCUGCAUGCUUGCUCCUGCUGCCCUCAACUCUGUAUGCUCUGGUCCUGUUAGAUAAUUGCCCAGAUUCCAUGACCGUCUUUCAUGUUCUACCUCUCUCUGCACUGCAGGAGGUCCAGGUCGGCUUUGGUGGGCAAAGCAUUCGAUUCCUGGGCUCCACACAGGACCUCUUGCUUACCGUACUCACUUACAACAAGAAUCUCUCUCAACAACUGUGUCAGGACCUCUUGGGUGUGUUGAUGCCUGGGUCUGAAGAUGCUGCCCCCGCAAGCCACCCUUUGCUGCAGCAGGAUCUGGUUCAGCUCUCUCUUGAUUUGAAAGCAGAAAUCCCUGCUCUAGCUUUGGCAAAUGGAGUUCAGUUGUCUUCCAAUUUCCAGAACACCUUGGUUGAUAUGGUUUACUUUCUUCACGGAAAUAUGGAGGCCAGCGUUCCUUCUCUGGCUGAAGUUCGGUUACUGCUUUAUACCACAGUUAGAUUGGAGAGUGAAGCCAGUUGCGCCCCCUGCCUCUCAUUCAUCCUUGUGAACACCCACAUGGCACUCUUGAAGGAGGACCGUGUGUUUUACCCCCACACUCGCUCUCUAAACACACUUCCUCCACAUGGGCGAUUUGAUGUGAUCAGAUGCCGAGCUCUGAGUGAGUUCAGAUGUGUCGUUGUUCCAGAGAAGGACAAAGUGUCAACAAUAGAGCUGGUCUUCCUAAAUAAGCAUGGGCUUCCCUUGAACACACAAAGCAGUCUAUCUGAGCAGUGUCAAAAUGUCCCAAGCACCCAGAUGUUCACUCCGUUGCAUCUUCAGGAUGGGCAGAAUCAGGAGGGUGAUGUCUGGAAACUCACUUUCAAUUCUCAGGAUGAGGCCCUUUGGCUGAUCUCAUACUUAAGAAGACUCUAGGGAGGAGACUUUAAAUACACGACAUUUUCUUUUCGAUAUUUAAUAAAAUGAGCAUUAUGAAAACAGUCAAGAAAAUAUGAAUAACUCAGUGUAGUUAAUUGAAUGGGAAUGAAGCAGGACUCUAAAAUUGGAAGUGCAAAUAUUUUGAAUAAAGCAAAAUGAAAAUAGCUUAUAGCAGAGAAGUGAAAAAUAUACACUUAUUGCCACCUGCUUCAUUGUCUUGAAAUUCAGACCAUAAAUUUGGUUCUACCCAAUUAUUGGUGAAGUGAUUAAAGCAUUCUCACUGCUUGGCUUAGUGUCUGUUUAUGGCGUGGUGGCUUGGAAUCUGGUGGUGCCUGCUGGCCCCCAGUGCACUAAUUUGUGCUGCCUGGAAAGGUGCCCAGUCUGGCAGUGACCUUCGCUGACGCCCUCCCUUCUGGCCAUGGGUAGCACAGCUGUGAGGCAGAGCAUGCCAGCUUCCUUUAACCUCCCCAGCCCAUCCCCCACACGUAUAACUUUGACCGUGUGUAUUUUUAUACUAGAAGGACUCCUUGGCUUGUAACAUUCCUAUGCAUUAUUUCUUUGGUCUUGUGAAAUAUAUGGUUGCCUUGGAUGACAUUCA